CGGAAGCGGGCUCCAGGGCGGCUGGGCUCGGAGGGAGGGUGGUCCCUGGCCGGCUUCGUCCCCUGCCGGCAAACAUGAGCGAGCCGCGGGUCUCGAAGGCCCUGGAGAGCCCCGGCGAAGGGAGCAAUGAGGUUUUUCUUCUUGAUUCACAGACUGUAUCACCAACAGUUGCUUUUCUGCAAGAGUUACCCAGUUUCCAGUCUAUGCUGAGGAGGAAGGCAUCAACUGGAGGAUCACAAAACUACUACAGUUUAGCACCAUCAGCUUCUGGAGAGACUAGAAAUCUGUUGGAAGGAGUUGCAUCAAGCUCUGCUCAACCACUACGAGAAUAUGCACUAACUAUUACUGAGAAAAGACGCUUAAGAGAUAUCCAAGAAGCCAACAUAAAAUAUCUUUCAGUUUGGAAUCAAUGGAGGCAGUCAAGCAGAAAGUCACUGAGAAAAUUUGUAAAAGAUACCAAAGAAAUGUCCUCCUGGUUGGAACUUUGGAGACAUGAUAUCCGCAGCAUUGAGGGAAAAUUUGGCACUGGAAUCCAGUCUUAUUUCUCCUUCCUUCGGUUCCUUGUGGUGCUAAAUUUGGUGAUUUUCCUCCUUGUGUUCAGCUUUAUCACGCUUCCUAGUAUUAUUUUCCAACAUGGAGUUGUAAAUGGCAGCCACGUUAAAGUUUCUCUGAGGCAAACAGAGGCACACUGCACAGUUUAUGAAACCACUGGUACCAAGGGACUCAUUUACUUCUACAAUUAUAUUAUAGAUCUGCUAUCUGGAACAGGUUUUCUUGAGAUGACAAGUCUUUUCUAUGGUUAUUACACAGUAGAUACUAUACAUUUUGGUCACCUGAAAUACCAAGUGCCACUUGCAUAUUUGCUGACUACACUGGCUUACCUUUCAUUAAGCUUUCUGUGGAUCGUCAAGAGAGCUGUCGAAGGAUUUAAACAAAGCUUAGUGUGCAGUGAAGAUCAGUUUCAGAGCUACUGCAACAAAAUAUUCGCUGGCUGGGAUUUCUGUAUUACGGAUGUAAAUGCUGCACGACUGAAACAUUGCAGCUUACAUUAUGAACUUAAAACUGACUUAGAGGAAGAGAGAUUGAGGCAGAGAGUAGCAGAGAGGACUGCCAGAGAGAAAAUACACAUCUAUUGCUUGAGAAUAUUCUUAAAUACUGUAGUCCUUGCUGUCUUGUCAGCUUGUUUUUAUUCCAUCUAUAGAGCAACUGUCUACUCACAAGAAAAUAUUUCCAAUGAAAGCAAAACUAAAGUUGAAGAUAAUCUCUUAGUACAGUACCUACCUUCUAUGGUGAUCACAGUGGCCAACUUUGUUGCCCCCCUGAUUUUUUCAGUGAUCAUCAGAUCUGAAGACUAUUCACCAGGCUUUGAAAUUCGGUUAACGUUGAUAAGGUGUGUCUUUGUACGGUUGGCCAAUAUUGGGGUUCUCUUGGUCUCGCUAUGGAUCCGGAUCACAUCCUGUGCUGAUGAAAAGUGUGUAGCCUGUGGAUACAACUACCAGCUCUAUCCUUGUUGGGAAUCUCGAGUUGGCCAGGAAAUGUAUAAGCUUAUGAUCUUUGACUUCAUCAUCAUUUUUGCUGUUACAGUCUUCAUUGACUUUCCUAGAAAGUUAAUGGUUACCCAUUGUUUAGUUAAAGCCUUUCGGUGGUGUGGGAUGCAGGAGUUUGCCAUCCCUGACAAUGUUUUGGAAAUAGUUUAUGGGCAAACCAUCUGCUGGAUUGGGACUUUCUAUUGCCCACUUCUCCCUGCAAUUGCAACAAUAAAGUAUUUCAUUGUAUUUUACAUUAAAAAGGUGAGUCUGAUGCAUACAUGUAAGCCUUCAACACGUCCUUUCAGGGCAUCUAGCUCCAACUUUUUCUUCUUGGUGGUGCUUUUGAUUGGCCUUAUCUUAGCUUUCAUUCCUUUGGGACUUAGCAUGACACGCAUUCCCUCUUCAAAAGCAUGUGGAGCUUUUGUAAAUUUUGUGCAUUCGUGGGAUAUUCUUUAUCAUACAAUCAAUCAACUCCCAGAUGUAUUGAAGACAGUUCUGGAUGGCCUAGCAUCAGAAGCCUUCGCAGUACCUUUCUUUAUGGUUAUCUGCCUUAUUAUGUUCUAUCUCAUUGCCUUAGCUGGUGCACAUAAGCGAGUUGUUGAUCAGCUCAGGGAACAAUUAGUGAUGGAGAGCCGGGACAAACUCUUCUUGAUCAGGAAGUUGACUGACGCCCAGAGACUUCGCUGAGAAAGUUUUCAUUGCUUUCUAUUUUCCUAGUAAUUUUUGAAACUACUUCUUAAAAAGACACCAGAAUAGAAAGCUGCAGUGCCUUGAACCUUGGGAAAAUAUUUUUGGGACCUCAUUGUUACAAUCUGGGAUGGACAGGUUGAGUUGUGUGCCUUCUGCAACAGUCUUCAUUCUUUUACCAGUGUCUUGAGAACAUUUUAGAACAUCUUUAUAGCCUUUUAUGUCCUAUUUGCUUUUUCCAUUGGCAUGUAUAAAUGAGUUGUAGAUCAAUUCAGGGAACCCUUAUAUUAAGCUGUUAUACUUGUCAUCAAGUGUGUGUCUCAUUUUUAAGGAUUUCUGUAUUUUUCCCCCUUUGUACAGGAUUAAUUCUGAAUAAAUUUACACAAAAAAAACUGUACUGUAGUAGGGAUCUAUGUGAUGGUAUAUUUUAUUAGUUACAUUUUAAGCCUCUAUUUUUGAGGGGUCUUACUGGGAAGAUUAUGUAUAUUUUCCAUGGGUUGGAAAGCUGCUCAUAGACCUUCCCCAGUGUUAUAACUAUACUAAUCUGAAUGGCAGUAAAGUUGGACUGGUCAUAUGAUAGCAUGUGUCCAUUUCUGUGUUUCUCAAUCUGUGAAGCAGAUCAGUCACUUCUAGCACAUGGAUGCAACUCCAAAUGUACAGUGGAAGGUUGUGGAUGGUGACAUAUUGCCUGUCAGUAGCUCAGAGUCUGUGGAUUAUUGUCUCUGAAGAUUGUUUAGGAUUCAGUCUUCGCAUAGAUGUCUCUAUCUGGCCUGGGAGGGAGUGAAAAGACAGGCCCAGUGCCAUCCUUAAGAAGCAAAGCCCUCCCUGCAGUCCAUCUGCCUUGGUCCAGGCCUCAGAGGGAGAGAAGAACCGCUGGACCUGAUCCU